AUGGCUAGUAUGAAUACAACAGAGGAAAAAGCACCUACUGUGCCAGUCACAGUGUACGACGGGGAAGAGCUGUUAGCAACAGAUAAAGUAGCACUAAUUAUCAGUAAUUGCAUGUAUCACCAUUUGCCAAAGUUGGUGACACCUCACUGCGACGCGGAAACAUUAGCAACAGCUUUACAGGACCUCAAAUAUAAAACCGUCACGCUUGCGGAUCUGACAUUGCUCGAAAUGAAGUUUGUUCUGAAAGAAUACAAAAAGCUUCUUGGAAAUGGAGUUUAUGCCGUCUUUUACUUUGUUGGACAUGGAUUUGAAGUCAAUGGUCAAUGCUAUCUGCUGCCAGUAGAAGCACCUGCCGAGGCUCACAAACCUGAGCAUUGUCUCUCCAUGGAUUUUGUUCUCAGUGAGCUGAGUGACCACAAUCCUGCGCUGAAUCUGUUGCUGCUAGAUGUUUGCAGAAAGUUUAUUCCGUACGAGCUUAUACCAGCUUUUGUGGAAUAUGCGGAACCAUUCAAAGCAAAGCAUCGACCGAACAGGAACACCGUCUACGGGUAUUCGACUAGCGGAGGCGUUGGCGCUUAUGAGAUAAAAGGAGAAGUGAACGGGGUCUUCAUGAAAUACCUCAAAGCACAUUUGAGUCAACCGGUGUCUGUCAUACAAAUGAUCAAUGACACCUUGCGAGUAACUUUCUGUGUUAAAGACAUCGAAGGAGAUGAGAAAGUUUGCGAUGUGCAAGUGCCUGAACUGAGGUCAACUUUGACGAGGCCUAGAUCGUUAACGGACCCUCUAAUUUGGGACGGACAUACUGUUUCAUUCGAUCACCACACCAUACAUUGGAGACUUAUGCAUGAGCUUCCAAAUCCUGUGCAUGUUCGUUUUGAUGAGCUAGCCUUGACAGUAACGAUAUGGUUCGACUUUUGCGGGCACUUCACAAACAAGGUGUACGUCUUCUCAUCCGUUGGUGACCUUGUAGACGAUGCGGAAGAUGAGGACAGGGGACUUUCAGAGAAUGCGCUCUCUCACGUCGCUUACCUUUCUUUUCCACCGGAGCUGGAUGCGUCAAAGGAGCGUUUUGUUUCCGAUGAUGAUGAGGGCGUUUCACUUUGUCUGCUCCUUUCUCAUCUUCAACGCUCAAAGGGUGAACUGAAAUGCAAGAUACUACUGAAGUCCAUAGACAGUGAAGAAGUGGUUGCGACACGAGAAGUCAACAUAGGUCAUGUUCUGAUUACAAGGAUUGAGAUGCUCAAGUAG